AUGUUCUCCGAUAAAAAUGAAGUUAACCUUCUCGACAUUUUUAUUGCAGCUGAUGAAAUUGAAUUAUUUGGAAUUAGUCAACAAGUUGAAAAACGCUUGCUAGAAACCGAAUUAGCUUGGAAAUUUCCAGAAGACUUUAUUACAAUAUAUAAUGACUUAACUAAAUGGACACAAUCAGAUUUUAUGGAACUUGAGGAAGUUUUACAUAAUUGCAUUCUUCAUAUCAGAUUUUUCCAAUUUUCAUUUGAUGAACUUCGUUUGGUUACAACUCAAUAUAAAGAUAUUCUUGCAAAUAAUCUUCUUGAUGAAAUUUAUCAACAUUUGUCAGAUUUUAAGCCUAAACAUAAUGAUUUGCCAAAAAGAGAAUCUGCGUAUUCUUUUAAUUCUAAAAUUAUCAGUGCUAAAGACGCAGCAUUGAUAGCAAGUUGGAUUGAUAAAAAGCAAGGAAUGCCUUAUC